AUGAGUAGGGCUCUAAGCCAAAUCUCCAAGUCGCCUUUUACUCGUAGGAUAGAAGCAGGAAGACUUCCUCAGCAGUUCACCCAACCAACGUUCACCAUGUAUAAUGGAUGGACGGACCCCGUGGAGCAUGUUAGCCACUUCAACCACAGAAUGGUUGUCCACUUGAAGAAUGAGACCCUGAUGUACAAGGUGUUCCCAUCCAGUUUGGGGCUUGUGGCGAUGAGAUGGUUUGACGGUCUGAGGGAAGGCUCUAUCAACUCCUUCAAAGAGCUUACGAGAGUCUUUGGCUCUCGUUUUGUGACUUGUAGCAAAGUUCCGCAGCCUUUGGACUCCCUACAGUCUAUGGCCAUGGGCAAGGGGGAAACCUUGAAAACGUAUUCUAACAGGUACUGGGAAAUGUUCAAUGAAAUAGACGGGGACUUUGACAACGUGGCGACAAGGACUUUCAAGGUUGGCUUGCCUGCUAAACACGAUUGA